AUGGAAGAUGAACAACUUGACGUCACUCAAGGUAUGGAUAGUAGCAGUGGAACCAAUUAUCAACAAGCAAAAGUAAUUAUCAAGAACAUUCCCACAUGUGUAGUUGAGAAGAAACCGGCUUUGAAUCAGAAAUUCAAAGAUUUACAAGCGGCUUAUGAUUUUUAUAAGGAAUACGGAAGAGUUUGUGGUUUUGAUAUAAGAAAAGCUCAAGAAAAAAGUGAUAUAUCUGGACAGACAUCACUGAAAUAUUUUAUUUGCUCUAGGUCCGGCUCAUCUGAUACAAAAACAUCAAGGUCUGAGGAUGGGUUUGAAGGUUACAAACACAGAAUCCGAAAAACUGUAUCAAUAAAAUGUUGUUGCCCAGCCUUGAUACGUGUGAAUAGGGCAGCUGAUGGCGGGUUUGAGCUAAGAAAAUUUGUUGAGGAACACAACCAUGAAUUAGCAGACAAUGAUGGACAAAUGUUUUUGCGUUGCAACAGGAAUCUCACAGAUUUCCAUAAGCAUUUUAUUUUCGAUGCAGCUAAGAUGAACAUUGGAGCCACUCGAGCAUAUGGUUUAGUUUCAGCAAUAACUGGAUCCUCUGAAAAUGUAGGCGCUACUGCAGUUGAUUUCAAGAACUUUUCGAGGGAUGUUAAAAAACAAAUUGGUAAACACGAUGCGGAUAUGAUUAUACAGAAAUUCAGGGAUAUUCAAGGGAGCUCUGACACAGAAUUCAGAUUCCUGUACGAAACUGAUUCAAGCAACCACUUAACUCGUUUAUUCUGGGCCGACAAUAUCAACAGGAAAUGUUACGAAGUGUUUGGAGACGUAGUAUGUUUUGAUGCAACUUACAGGACCAACAAGUAUGGAAUGGUCUUUGUUCCAUUGAUUGGUAUAGACAACCACUGGAAAAGUGUUACAUUUGCAGGAGCGUUGCUUGAGAGUGAAUCUUCUGAUAGUUUCAAGUGGCUAUGCAACUCGAUGAAGACAAUUUUUAUACGUGAGCCAAAGUGUAUUAUCACUGACCAAUGUCCAGCUAUGAAAGUUGCGAUAGAAUCUGUAUUUCCACUUGUAAAACACAGACUCUGCAUGUGGCAUAUCAUGAAAAAGUUCCCGUCAAAGUUAGGUUCUCUGUUCUGUUCAGAAUCUCCUUUUAUGGAGAGAUUAAACAAAUUUGUAUGGUGCAAUCAUAAAUCACCAUUAGAGUUUGAAGAAGGGUGGAAAGAAGUAAUAACAGAUUUUGAUCUAUCUGGGAACAAAUGGUUAUCAGAAUUAUAUGAUAUAAGAAAAUCAUGGAUUCCAGCGUACUUCAAUGAUGAGCCAAUGUUGGGACUGUUAAGAACAACAUCUAGAUCGGAAAGUUCAAAUUUCUUCUUUAACCACUUUGUGCAAAGAGGAGAUACACUAUCUGAAUUUUACAUAUGCUACGAUAGUGCAAUUGCAAGACAGAGAACGCAAUACAAAAAAAUGACUCACUAUGAUAAUACAAUUCCAAGAACUAUAUCCAACAAGGGAAUUGAGAAAGAUGCUGCAGAACAAUAUACACGAGUUAUGUUUUACAAGAUACAAGAGGAGAUAGUAGGUUGCAGUGGAGAUUUCACUAUUCUUGAAUGGAAAAGUGUCGAUAGGCUGAAGACAAUUGUGAUAAAGGACCCAGAUGAUCACUUGAACAAAUUUGAGGUGUCUCUUGACUUGGAAACGCACGAUAUAAGCUGCUCUUGCAAGCUGUUCAUACGUGUUGGUUACUUAUGUAGACAUGCAUUUUUCUGUUUAGGAAUCAACGGUAUUAAUAUCAUUCCUAGACAAUAUGUCAUAAAUAGAUGGCUGAAGAAAGCAGUCGAUAGGUUUUCAACACUAGAACUUGGAGAGAUUCCAGACCCUGUAUCCGGUGAUGACUCUCGCAGGAAGAAGGUCCAGGAAUGUUGGUUUUUAUUCCAAAGUUGCGUGAGCGAAGCCUCUAAUGAUGUAGGUAAAAUUAAUCUCCUAUACGAAAAACUUAAGGUGUUCUCUGAUGAGAUUAAAAUAUCUUUAGGAGGUUCUGGUAAGCGUCUUGAUCAAGAAUAUGUUGAGAACUUAAUGGGUUCUAAGAUUGUGCAAGAGGUUACGGUUCUACCUCCAAAUCAAAGUAACAACAAGGGAUCUCGGAAAAGGCUUGUUAAUCCGGUUGAAAAAACACUUGGAGGUAAAAAAAGAAUUGCUAGGCAAUGUCAGUUCUGCAAUGCUAUGGCAUUCCAUGAUUCUAGAAAUUGCCCAGAAAAGAAGAAAAAGGAACAGAUGGAAAUGUCCACCUAG